GUAUGUUCGCAUUCAGUUUAGUGCACAUAGUGGUGAAUAUCGCGUGUAAAAUUGUUAUAGAACACACAGAAAAAAAACCAAAUAAAAAAAGAAAAAUAUAGUAAUAAAGUAAAAAAAUAAAAAAGAAACGAACAAAAACAUUGACUGUAAAUUGCUGUUGAAACAGGAGCAUAAGCCAAAUACUUUGCAAAAAAAAAAAUAUAUCUAAAAAUCAAAAUCAACUUACACCGCCAAAACAAUCAAUAAUGUUUAAAUUAAAAACUUCAGCACAGCGCAGCCCUGCUUUAUCCACAUUGAAUUUUCAAAAUAUGUUUUGUUACCGUAAUCGCUUCGUUUUAUUAAUAUUUUCAUUAUUAUGCACAAUAAUUGUAUUAACUCAACCAGCUGUUGCUCUAACCAUACCAGCUCAACCAGCUUUAGUCUCCUUCUCCUCGCCAGCAUCAUCAUCAUCUGAAUCAUUAGUGAUGAUUUUGCCACAAGUUAAUGGGAGUAAGGGGAAGAUGGCAUCAUCAGUGUUAGAACAGGAAUUUAGUUUCAACAAGGCGGUGGUGGAUGUUUUAACACCUGGCCAACAAGUUAUUAAUGCAGUACCCGAUAAAGAACGAGGUGACUUUAUUAUGUACGAGUUGGCUAUUGCAUUGAGUGAAACAGAUGAUGUGGAUGUAGUAAAUGAGGAGAGAUGGCUGAACAAUUUGGAAGAUGUUGUGGAAUUUUAUGGCAACAAAUUGACUGUGUUGAAGAACGUGCCUAUUUAUGAAAAUUUCUCCCAAGAUUUAUUACAAUGGAUUGAGCAGAAAUUUAAUUUAACCCAUCAGAAUGUUUACAAUCAACUAAGGAGCAGAUCUCAAUUGCUGUGUACCUCGGAUGGCGUUUGCUACAACUCCAAGAAUAUUGGCUGCUAUUGCUGUCCAUUCUAAGGCAUUCUAAGUGUGUUAACAUCAACAUUUUCCAUUUUAUUUUAAUAUUUAUUAAACAAAUAAAUAUACAUAUGUAAAUACAUAUAAAUAAAAUUUACUUAGAAGGCCUAAGAA